GCUUAGAAAUUAGAUCUACGUUUGUGAAAGUGAAAAACGUAAAAGCUUAUAAUAAAUUAUGAUUAUAAAUCUAAAAAUAGGUCUAGAAUAUAGAUCUAGAUAGACUUAGACGUGUGGUCUAGAUUCUAGAUCUAGAUCUAUAUUUAAUUUUCACCAAGACUCAAGAGACUAAGACGUAACAGUGCAAACUGAGUCUCAGUACUGAGUAGUACAGUAAACAAACGCAGAUCCUGAUUAAAAUAAGUAAUUUUCUUGUAGUUUAAGAAUGAAUCCCAGAAUAGAACUGUGUCCUACAAAUAUCUUCACUAUAAAAGCUGAUGUGAUGGUUAGUUCCAUUCAUAAAUCCAAGAAUUUAAAAAGAGGCAAGGUAACUAGUACUAUAGACGAAAAAGCAGGACCAUCUGUUCAGGAUUUCCUAAGGACGAAUGGAGAAGAGCUGGGCUUUGGAGAAGAGCUGGGAUUUGGAGAAGUUGUUAUGACCCUUCCUGGCAACUUGUCAACAAAUUUUCAACAUCUCAUGUUUAUCUGUUUAUUCAUUUGGAUGGAAGGCAAUGAUGUGUUACUGCAGGAAAGUGUGCAUCGCUGUCUAGAAAUGGCAUCUGCUAAAGAGUGUACCAGCAUAGCCUUUCCAACUCUAGGCAUGGGGGGUCUUAAGUACCCCCCAGAGAGGGUUGCUGCUGCAAUGUUGAAGGCUAUAUUGGAUUAUUUCAAAAACUGUAAGAAGACUUCCCUGGAGGUUGUUUAUAUUUGUGUACAAGGGGAAAGUGAGCAAUCCGCCUUAGCAUUUUUGUGCACAUGCUAUGGUUUUUUCGCUUACAUGACAAACAACAACAACCCAGAAGAAACGUGCCUUGAACAUAGUUACGCAGGGGAUAAUUCUGCUUGUGGAUUUGUGAAUGUAAAAGAAGGAGCACUACAAGCAGCAAAGCAAGACCUUAAGACUACAGAGACAACAAAAACUGCAGAUAACGCAUCAAAAUUGUCAAAUUUUUUGAAUUUAUUAAAGCCAGGGAACAGUGGAAGGAACAGGGAUACUACUGUUACCUUGUUUAACUAUGCUAUGGGAGGGAACUUUGGAACUAUUCAAUUUAUGAUCCAGCCUGGGUUCAAUGUAGUCAGUGGAUCUGUUUCUCUUAGUGCUACUGUGAAACUUGAUACCCCUUUGUUAAAAAAAAUCUUACCGUGGCUGAAAGGCUUAUUCCCACGUUAGUGGUAAGAAUAAUCUAGCUUCACCCUAAGCAUGCCUUUAUGAAGUUUGUAGUGAAAGUUUUAAUGAAGAAGCAUGUGUAUCUGAAUAUUAAAAAAUUAAAGUAUGUUUGUUUGUGGGUGUCUCUGUGACUACUUUAGUUUUAAAAUAUUGUAUCAGCCUUGCUUUUGAGACUGCUGUGAAAUGUGGACGGGUUCGCUAAUAUUUUAAUCGACUUAUUUUUUACAGGGCAACUACUGCUAUUGUUUGAUUAUCUAAACCUAGUGAAACUGUUUUCUAAGUCUGAUGAUGUAUCAAACCUAUCUUUGAAAUUUAAUAUCAAUAGCUUUAAAAAUAUCUCCCUAUAUGAAAUCCACGCCUCCACAAUUUUGUUUUUGUUUUUAUAGUUUUGUCCAAUAUGUACAUAUAAUGUGAUACUAAUGAUAAUCUAAAGUUAAAAACAAAUUAUAUAUGCAUGUGGGACCUAGUGUUAACCUGCUAAAUGAAUAUUGAAAUAGGAAAUGAAAACCCUGUGUGUUGUCUCUAGUUUGUACAAUUUGUCUGUGUAAAUUUGCUGCCUGAACCUUUCACUUAAAAAGUAAUUCACUUGGUCGAUAUCAAACUCAUAAGCAAUUUUGCUGGUAAAAUAUUGACUCCCAUCGUGAAAGUGUUUGGAGACAUAUAAGUCAAUUCUUUCUGAAAAUGUAACAGUUAAUUUUCUUUAGAUAUAACAUUGAAUUAAGUGUAUUUUUUUGUUAGUAUUCUCUUACAAACAUGUUUUUAUGCUUUAAAAAAAAAAUACCCCAAACUGUUCUCCACAUGCAGUUUUCAGACUGCUGACAAAUCUUUUAUUGAGUAGAACAAAUGUGAGCUUUCUUUACAGCAAUAAUUGCCAUAAAAUAUAUUCAAGUAUAUUUUUGAUGUAAAAAAAAAGUGUUAUAUUUUUUGAAACUUUAGUACUUUUUUCUGUUGCUACUAUCCAAUAAUUGGGUUGCUGUUUAAAUCAUUAAUUUAUUUUGCAUUAAUUUCUUUACCAUAAGACUGUUGAAAUUUGCUUGAUAAAAAAGUGAAAUUAUAUUAGUUUGAGCACAAUUGUAAA